GGGGGGGUGGCGUGAUUGGACACCCCGGAGACACAGACAGACAUGUCGUCCCAGGCUCGGCCCACGGAGGAACUCUACCGGGCAGCCAUGCUGCUGAGCGGAGCCGGGGACGCGCUGGGAUACCGGAACCAGCGCUGGGAGUACUGCGAGAGCGGGCCGCAGAUUCACCAGGAGCUGGAGGAGCUGGGCGGACUGGGGGCCAUUGUGGCCAGGCUGCCCGGCUGGAGGGUCAGCGACGACACGGUGCUGCACCUGGCCACCGCCGAGGCGCUCAUCUCCGGGAAGGAACAUGAUGAUCUGCUCCAUGAUCUCGCUGCGCGUUAUGUGGAAGCGAUGAAGGACAUGGACAACCGGAAGCCGGGCCCCACGAGCAUUCUAGGAACCUCCCAGUUGAAACCAGGCCAGACUGGCGGCUAUCGUAUCCCCUUCAACCCCCGGGCACUGGGCUGUGGGGCAGCCAUGAGAUCGAUGUGCAUCGGACUCAGAUUCCCCAGGACUUCCCAGCUGCCAGAUCUGGUGCGACUGAGUGUGGAGAGUGGGAGAAUGACCCAUAACCACCCCACCGGGUAUCUUGGCUCCCUUGCCGCUGCUCUGUUCACAGCCUAUGCUGUCCAGCGUAAGCCCCUGGUGGAAUGGGGUGUGGGCCUCCUGGACACGCUGUCUCUCGCCCUCGAAUAUGUGAAGACCACUGGGAUCGAUGUGAAGGAAAACAUCGCAGCCUGGGAAUUCUUUCCGGAAAAAUGGAAAUGGUACCUGCGGGAAAGGAACCUGGAAUCCGGAAAGGGUCCCCCUCGGUUCCCAGCAGCCUAUGGUCCCCAGGAACGGGAUGAGGUGUACAAGACAUUCAGUCUGGAGAGUUGGGCAGGAAGGAGCGGACAUGAUGCUCCCAUGAUCGCCUACGAUGCUCUGCUCAGUGCUGGGGAGUCCUGGACUCAACUCUGUUCACACGGCAUGUUCCAUGGAGGAGACAGCGAUUCCACUGGGGUGAUCGCUGGCUGCUGUUGGGGUGCCCUGCAUGGACUGUCCAGCGUGCCCCCAGGCAACUAUGAACAUCUGGAAUACAAAGAGCGCCUCCUGGCUGCAGCACGGGGCUUGUACACGGCUGCCUGGGGGGCAGAGAUCGAGUGAGAGGAGCAGCAAGUGUGAUGCCCUGAGACUGGAUUGGGA